GGAACGCGAAAGAGGAGAAAACAUGAGGGUUCCUUCCGGUUGGAGCGUUCAGCGGCUGCACAGCAGGAGAUGAAUGGAGGCCGCGUGGUCAGUGUCAAGACACAAAAUCCCUGGUUAGAUGUGACUCUGUGUGUAUGGCCCAUUUCAUCCAAGAGCUGGAUCAGGCACAUGAGGAGCUUCCUUUACAAAAAAGAAGAAGCUCCUUGGGGUUGUUCAACACUCCUAUUUAUAACUGCUUGUUACCUUGAAAUUUCAAGUAGCCUUGAAAGUCGCACUGAGACGCUUUGGAAGGCGGGCUGAUGGUUGGGCGUUAACCUUGUGCAAAAUGGCAAUGGAAGAGGGAGUGCUGUUGGAUUUGGGGCCUGAAUUCCAGGCCGGGCGAAAGCCAGAGGUGGCCUUGGAUGUGGAAAUGGAGGAGCAGGAAGAGGAGACAGAUGUUCCAGCAGAGGAGGAGAUCGCAAGAUGGGAGGAGACCGAAGAUUCCAGGAGAGGAGUGGAGGGGAGGGAAAGCGUUGAUAUCUCCCAGGUUGGAAGAACCAGGGCUUUUCUGACAAGGUCCCCAAGAGACCUGGUUAAAGAAGAGUUGGGCCAAGGGAUUCUUGUCUCUGAGGACAGCCAGUGGAAAGAGUGCCCAAAGACAGUGGCAUCACCUGGACUUGGCUGCCCAAGUCUACAAGAACUGGGGUCCCCUCUCCAGACCACUGCUCUGAUGCCUCCAGCCUCCAUCAAGGUGAAGGCAGAAGGCCACCAGUGCUUCACAGAAAAGCGGGAAACCCAAACCCAGCCAGAUUCCAGUGGGGACCCCCAAGAGCCCAAUCAAAACCUGAAAUCCUCUGAGCAGCUGAAAGAAGAGGUUCCAGAUGCAGACACUGUCGUUUCGGAGAUUCAGCGCCAACGCUUCCGUCAGUUCCGCUACCAGGAGGCCGAGGGGCCCCAAGAGGCCUGCAGUCGCCUCUGGUUUCUCUGCUGCCGGUGGCUGAAGCCGGAGAGGCACACCAAGGAGCAGAUCCUGGAGCUGCUGAUCUUGGAGCAGUUCCUGGCCAUCCUGCCCCCCAAGCUCCAGAGCUGGGUGGUUGAGGGUUGCCCCCAAACCUGUGCCCAGGCAGUGGCUCUGGCCGAGGGCUUCCAGCAGAAGGAAUGGGCACCUGGGAGGUUGGAUAAGCAGGUGUCAGUGAAAGAGCUGGCCCUGAAUUUUUCUGGGGCUGAACAGAGGUCAUUGGACUGUCAGCAGAAUCAGAUUUUCCAGGGAGGCGACAGUGGAAAUUCCACCAUUCUGGGUGAAUCAUUGAGGAGUACCAGUGAAGCCACGGAUCUGCCCAAAGUCUCAGGAGAAGGUACCAAUGGGGUAGAGAUGGGGGACUCGGAGCAGAAGGAUUCCCAGUGUGGCGAACUGCAAGAAACUCCCAGAAUUUGGCAGGGACCUGACGGGUGUGUGGAGCAUUCCUCAGGGAAGAAGGUUGGGAAGGCUGUUCUUUGUGAAGGCAGAGAGACCAUUGGAGAAAGCCCAGAUCCGAAAAGAAUCCAUCCGGUGAAGAGUGAGGCUGCCGGAGUAGCCGAUGAUAACUCAGACAUCAUUGAAUUUCAGGUGACCCAUACAGGGAAUAUGCCUUAUAAAUGUCUGGACUGUGGGAAGAGUUUUAAUUACAGCACCAGCCUGGUUAGACAUCAGAGAAUCCAUACUGGGGAAAAACCGUACAAAUGUUUGGAUUGCGGGAAAUGUUUCUGCCAGAGCUCGGGUCUCACCAUUCACCAGAGGAUCCACGCAGGGGAGAAGGCCUAUCAGUGCUUGGAUUGUGGGAAAAGUUUCCGGGUGAAGUCGCAUUUAAUUAGGCACGCCAUCAUCCACAAGGGGGAGAAGCCGUACAAGUGCCCGGAAUGCGGCGUCAGCUUCUGUGAACGGUCAGAACUUCGAAUCCACCAAAGAAUUCACACGGGAGAAAAACCCUACAAUUGUGCGGACUGUGGGAAAAACUUUUGCCGGAAGGCGGAUCUUACCCUCCAUCAGAGAAUCCACACCGGGGAGAUGCCUUACACGUGCUUGGAGUGCGGGAAAGGUUUCCGCUGGAGUUCCAACCUCAUUACGCACCAGAAAACCCACACCGGGGUGAAGCCGUUUGAGUGCACCGAGUGCGGGAAGAGUUACUAUUCCAACAUGAGUCUUGUUAGGCAUCAGCGAGUCCAUACGGGGGGGACCCCGUACAUCUGUUCCGACUGCGGGAAGAGUUUCUGCGAUAGCACCAGCCUCACCAGGCAUCAGAAGAUCCACACGGGGGAAAAGCCAUACGUCUGCAUGGAUUGUGGGAAAAGCUUCAACCGUAACUCGAACCUCAUUUCACAUCAGAGAAUUCACACGGGGGCCAAGCCGUUCCUGUGUAUCGACUGCGGGAAGAACUUCCGGUCGAAAUCGGAACUUCACAGGCAUUACACGGUUCACGCAGGAGAGAAAAGUGAAAAGAUUUUGGCUGGGGGCACUCCAGAGGUUCCUGCUCACGAGAAAACAAACAGUGAAUUGGGAGUUAGGAAUGCCCCGAGUUCCUUCCUGACCCGCCCACGGUGGGGGAGGGGCCGCUCCUUCGGGGCACGCGAGCGCCCGGUUGCAAGUGCGGCGCCUCCGCCGCAUUCCCGGGAGCGGGGCUCGCGUCCCCUUUUUGGCGGGGGGCUUUCUCUCCUGCAUUUUCCAGGCGUGCAGGAAGGUUGGCGGGGCGACCCUCGCUCUGGAGUCCCGGGACAGGCUCAGCCGGAGCUGGAGGCACCUGCGGAGGCGAUGGCUGCUGAACCGAGGGAAGCACCUUGUCUGGGUCCCACAUCCCUGUCUGGCAGGACGCAGCACUGGGUAAAAGAGGAACCCGAUGAGGAGACGCGUCACUGCUGGAGUCCUCUGGAACUUGUGAAAGUGGAACAGGGUUCUGACCUGCCCCUUGAAUGCCCACAAACAGAGUGGGAUGCUGUGACCUCUCCCAUCGGGGGACCAGCUGCUGCUGGUCAGUGGUCCGCAAGACAGCAAAGGAUGCUGGUGCUGUCAAGCCCUCAAAGAGAGACCCAGCGGGUAUCUCCUGAUCCUGGGUCUGCAGCAGCCCAGGCUCCUGAGAGCAUUGGCCUCUGUGGGGCAACCGAACCAGUGAAGGAGGAGGUCCUCAGUGCAGAGGGGCAACGCCAACGUUUCCGGAGGUUCCUCUACCAGGAGGCCGAAGAACCGAAAGAUGUCUACCAGGAACUCUCCAGACGUUGCUGGCAGUGGUUACAACCGGAGAGGAGCACCAAGGAGCAGAUGUUAGAGCUGGUGGUCCUGGAGCAGUUUGUGGCCAUCCUGCCCCCGGAGCUACAGGGCUGGGUGAGAGGGGGCGAGCCGGAGACCUGCCGUCAAGCAGUGGCCUUGGCCGAGGAUUUCUUACAGAGGCAGGAGCAGGCUGAGGAGAGGCAGGGGAAGCAGAUGCUGUUCUCUGAAGUAUCUGCUAAUCUCGCAGAAGGACCGAGUGACCUGCCGGGUACCGAACCCAAACCAUCGUACAACGAGCCCAAACAAGAGGAUACCAGGGGCCUUGGCACUGUUGCUGACUGGAUUCAGGGUGAGGAGGAAAAGAAACUGCACCUGGAAGUGGCUGAUCCCGUAGAAUCCCAAGGAUUGGCGGCUGAAAGCUGUUCUUCAUGUCAGCCAAGCGGAGAGAUCUCUGCGAGUCACUCUGAAGCGAAGCAACAAGGAAGUAACUCUGUUCCUUCUUGGAGAGAUGAUGAGGAUUUCAGCGGAAGAGAAGACAAGGUCCUUAGGCGCAAGGAACCAAAUGUACGUCCUCUGGAUGGGAAGCCCUUCAGCUGGACCAUGGAUUGUAUUUCUCACCAGAGAAACCAGCCAGGAGAAAAAGUGCACAAGGGUUUGGCGUGUGCCAAGACAUUUGCUUUGAGAUCCAACCUCGUAAUCCACCCAGGCAUGCACCCAGCAGAAAAACUCCACUCCUGCUUGCAUUGCGGUCCGAGGUGUGGCGCGAGCUCGGAUUUCAAAACCCACACUGGAGAGAAACCUUACAGAUGCUCAGAAUGCGGGAAAUGCUUCCGCCACACCAGCGGUUUCACCUGUCAACUGAGAAGCCAUUUGGGAGAAAAGCUGUUUCAGUGCCUGUGCUGGGGGAAAGGUUUCAGCGCCCGCCCGGACCUGCGCAGGCACGGGAGAUCCCACACUGGCGAAAAGCUUUACAAAUGCUCAGACUGUGGGAGAACGUUCUGCCACAGCUCCCAGCUUGUUGGCCACCGGAGAGCGCACUCUGGCGAGAAGCCCUUCCAGUGCCUUGAGUGUGGGAAGAUCUUCAGCGGAAGCGUGCAUCUGAACGGUCACCAGCGAGUCCAUGCUAGCAUGAAAGCCUUUACGUGCUCCGAUUGUGGAAAGACCUUCAGUGGGAAGUCACACCUCAACAGGCACCAGCGAAUCCACACCGGGGAGAAACUUUUUAAAUGCCUGGAGUGUGGCAAAAACUUCUGCGUGAGCUCAGACCUCACUGCGCAUGAGCGAAUCCACACUGGCCAUAAACCCUACAAGUGCCUAGACUGUGGGAAGAGUUUCAGCCAGAAGCAGCAUUUGACCAGCCACCAACGGACUCACACGGGAGAAAAACCCUAUGUCUGCGCGCACUGUGGCAAAGGCUUCAGUGUGAGCUCUAACCUUAACACCCAUGAGCGGACACACACGGGAGUGAGGCCCUUUCAGUGCUCCGAAUGUGGGAAACGCUUCAGCCAAAAAUCGCACCUCAUCGGGCACCAGAGAAUCCACACUGGGGAGAGGCCUUAUUUGUGUGUUGGUUGUGGGAAAAGUUUUGGGUCAAGCUCAAAUCUCAUGGCCCACAUGAGAACCCAUAGUGGAGAGAAAGCUUAGGAACCCUCACGAUGGGGCAGAAAUGAUUUUGAUGGGAGAGAAAAUGCCAGUGCAGUCCUCUCUUCCGGGUUGAUAUUUAUUUGCAGAGAUUCAACUUUACAACCUGCUCGUCAUAUCGAUAGACAGCUGUUGCAGAUGAAUGUUACAGUGUGAAGCUGAAGACCAAAAGAUUGAUGGAUUCUUGUGAUUUAUUAGUUGUGCUUCCCUGUCUCUUUGCUCUGGAGCUGAGAUCUUCCUAAAGCAAGCGUGUGUCCUGUUAGUAUAGACCAGAGAUGGCUCUCAUCCCAGAAGAAUCCUUUGGCGGUUGUUUGUGAAUGAGAGUUGGGGGGGAGCACAUGGGAGUGUGAAUAGGAUAUUGCCUUGAGGUCCUGCACACACAUUUUGGAGGCUUGUAAGGCCCCACCUGACUUUUCGAGUGCCAUAUUGGGGCCAUGCUACCUGAAACUAAAUGUCAAUUAAUGAUAAGGUAAACAUAAUUAAACUCA